AUGGACGACACUCCCCGGACUGAGUAUCCAGCUAUGCUGGAUCACCUGCAACCAGGCCAAGCUGUAACCGUACUCAAUGACCGACUCAAAAGGAUAAACAGGAUCAAUGUAGAGAUCGCGGAUUGGCUACAGGAACGGAGGAGAGUCGAGGAGCAGUAUGUUCAGGGCCUUCAUCGGCUCAUGCAGUUUCGGGUUCCCAACAGCCAGUCGGACCUGGGUGUGUUCCAAGCUCCCUGGAACAAGGUCCUUACAGCUAUCGAGGCUUCAGCUGACUCCCACCGUCUUCUCGCCGGCCGUAUCGAGAACGAAGUCGAAGGUCCUCUUCGCGCAUUCCAGAACAAGAGCGAGUCCCUGAAUAUUCAAGCCACCUCGGACAACCUGGCCACCGUAGCCCGCGACCUCGAAGAAGCACAGAAGAAAGUCGAAGCCCAGACGAAGAAGGUUGGCAAGGCCAACAUGCACAAACUCGAUGCGGCCCACGCCAAGCUCGAAUCCGCCACCCAGCAGUGGGAAUCCCAAGCCCCGUUCAUCUUCGAAUCCCUGCAGGCCUUUGACGAGCACCGUAUCAACCACUUGCGCGAUCUCCUGACGCAGUACCAGACAUAUGAAACCGACAAGGCUCAGCGCAACCAGGCCAAUGCCGCCGAGACCCUCGCCGUGAUGCUGGAGAUCAGCACCGAGCUCGAGAUUGCAAGUUUCAAGGAGCGUGUCGUCGCAGGAAAGCCAAAGGUGGAAAAGAAACCACCGAGCAGGCAAGGAAGCAACCUGCCCUUCAUCGCCACCCCUCAGGAGGACACCGUCAGCGAGCAUUCCGCGCCAGCCGAAACUCGGCACGAUCCCGAACCGGAACCCAAGCAUGAGCACAAACAUGAACACAAGCAAGAAGCGAAACGUGAGGAGAAGAAAGUCAAAACCAAAACAGAGUCCAAGCUGCGAAGCAAGAUUGGAACAAUGCUCGGUCGUAGGAGACAAAGCACACAUGCCGGCUUCGGCCAACUUUCACCCAACAAAGGCUCGGGCCCAUUUUCCAGAUCAAACAGCGGCCACGGUCGAUUAUCCCCGAAAGCAUCGUCGAGCAAUCUGGCCGAGUCCACCGGCCGCCUGUCCGCCUUGGCCGAGACGCCAGGCUCCCCCGAAGAGCCGCCGCAAUCGCCUGGGGAUAAGGACGGAAAACCCCAUCAUGAGACGACGACUAACGGCGUAGGCUUAGGCAUCGGCAUCGGCAUUGGCAUUUCCCAGUCCUCUGACGCCGAACCAUCUGGUCGUGGAUCCUCCACUGCGAUCAACGGGGCCGAUACCAGCAGUAAAGAUGUUUCCUCGCCUCAAGCCCCAUCCCAGCCAACAUCGCAGCAGAGCGUGUCGGGCGGCAAGGACUCAGAAGGCUUCACCAUUCCCCCGCCGGCCAACGAUCCCAUCUCCCAGGCCCAGCGGGACGCCGCUGAGGAACCCGAACAGCCAUUCAAGCUCAACAUCUCCAGCUCGCCCAUUGCCGAAGAAGACCCGGAAGCCAGUAAAGCGGCCAUAUCCAACGUCGCGAGCACCUUGACGCAGAUGGCCGCGCCAUCCCGGAGGCUCGGCACUGUUAGGGGCAGACGCGACGUUCGAAACACUAUAUACUUCCCCUCUCCCGUCGCAUCACCAGAUCUCAGCGGCGAGCAAUUCCCCCCGUCCGGCCUCCAGUCUGCCGCACAAACCCCUAAGCUACCGGCAGUGGCGUCCCUUGCCUCCGAGGCGAGCAUCGCGGGCACAUCUGAUACUCAGUCCAUCCGCUCCGCCAACUCCCUCUCCAGCCUGUCUCACGCUAAGCACCCUGAAUUGGCCGGGCCGGGCUUGAGCUGCUCCAUCAUCGAGACGGUGUCGGCGACAUUUGAGGACGGCGGCGCUGUGAAGAAUGCUAAGAUUGGUGGCGAAAUUGCCUUUGCUUACCAUCGCGACGAGUUUGAUGACCGAGAACGGGAGACGAUCCGGAUUAACAACUUCCCCAACCUCGAAGCCAUCGGACCGAACCGCAUCUUCGUCCACAACCUCUCUCCCGACCGACCCGACGAAUUCACCCUCGACCUCUCCCACCUCCACAACAGGACCUCUCCAGCCUUCACCUAUCGCGUGCACAUCCCCAACGGCGACCCGGCCAACCUCGCCGAGCACGCCCCACUCCUCAUGCGUCCCGUAUGGAAACCCCAGGGCGACAAGCUCGGCCUCCUCCUGCAGUACUCCCUCAACCCAGCCUUCAAGAUCCCCAGGCCCAUCACGCUCCACAACGUCGUCUUCGUGGCCACCUACGAGGGCGCCCGCGCCUCGGGCGCGCAGACCAAGCCCUCGGGAACCCACCUCAAGGACAGGCAUCUGGUGUACUGGCGGCUGGGCGACGUGACGCUCACGUCCGAGCCGCAGAAGAUUGUAUGCCGCAUCGUCGGCGCGGAGAACGCCGAACCGAAACCGGGCCACUUGGAAGCGAGGUGGGAGUAUUCGCCGCCGGAGGGGGCCGUCGUUGGCAGCGGCAUCUCCGUUGCGGCUUUGGCGGAGAGUAAGGGCAAGGAGAAGGAGAGGGUUGAGUCGGAUGAUCCGUUUGCCGACGGGGGCGUUGGAGCGCCUGCCCUGCCGAAUGGGCAACGGUGGGUGGAUGUGUCGUUGGUGCGGAAGAUAGUGGGCGGGAAGUAUGACGCUGUAUGA